AUGAAUACUUCUCGUCGUUCAUCCAUAUCUAGUCAUACUCAAUCUAUCACACUUCUCGACGAAAUCGAUCGAUGGGAACAUGGAACAUUGUUACUGGUGAAACAAACAGCAGAUCGUGCACGACAACGUGUCAACGAUUUGAUCAUAUCGAUGAAUUCGACAAUGACAAAAGAUUCAAAUGACUAUCAACGACGUCGUAGCGGCACAGAUGCGUCAAUUCACGAAUUAAAUUUGAAACUUCGUGAUCUAAAUCGAACGUUGAACACAUAUUCACCGCAUAUUAAAUUACAUAUUACACCGAUUGAUUGGUCGACUAUUCUUCGUGUGUUUAUUGAAUGGUCGUCGUCGGAAUAUGAAGUUUCUUCACCACGACAAUUAUUCAUCGGAGGAACAUUGUUAACACCUGAAGAUCAACUCCAAUUGAACAAAUUCUACGGAAAAGAAAGUCAAAAAUGGCAUUUAAUUUACAAAGCAACACGCGAUGGUUUUAGUAUGGAUGAUUUUCAUCGUUGUUCGGAUAGUCAAGGUCCAACAAUAACCGUCAUUGAAACAUUAGAUAAAUAUUUAUUCGGUGGUUAUACAUCCGUCAAUUGGAAUUUUCAUCAAGGAAUGAAUGUCGCUGUCGAAGAUCGAAAUGCUUUCUUAUUUACUUUAGCUAAUCCGAAUGGUAUUCCGUCAACAAAAUAUUUGAUAAAACUAUCUGGUGAAAAUGCUGUUGUACCAAAUGCUAUGGGACCUACAUUUGGUCAUUAUGAUUUAGCUAUUUAUCCGUAUAGUAAUAUAAACUCAGAGAGUUUUAUUAAAUUUCCCAUUUCUUUUAUUGAUUCAACUGGAAAAGGUUAUUUAACAUUUACCGGUUCGACAAAUUUUACAACAACAGAUAUCGAAAUCUAUCGAUUAGAAAAUCUAUGGGAUCAUCAAUUUUGA